AUUCUUCAGUCUGCUUUCGUCGAAAACUUUGUCAGCUAUCCCCGAUAUGGUGGCGAAAGGCACGAGGACAUAAAGUCUUUUCAAUCCCCAUCUUACAAAGGUGCGUUUGCAGCUUGCGAAUAGUAUUAAUUCACAAUGGCAAAUAUAUUUUGAAUGCUCUGUGUCAGUAAUUAUAUCCAAAUAUUGUACAUAAAGACGGCGCGAAAAUGUGACAUCAAUUGAAAAGUACUAAUUAGCGUGGAACUGCGCACAAAUUGCAGUCCAACGGAGCCAGCAACGCGUUCCCGUGGAAAUCAAUACGUCAUUGACGACGCAUGUCACUCGAACACUUGCCCCGUGUCCAAAGAAUUGCACGAUCGGCGAUAAAACGACACAAUGGUAGCGCCCAACAUGUUGGCGUCACCUUUCCCCGGAGAAAUCCCCUCGUCCUUUCCAGCAUUUCCCAAUCAGUAUCGAAGGGCUCUCAUGCGGGUCGCGCAUGUCCGCGAAUGAAGCUCUCCUUCCUGUACGCCCGUCGUGCAACAUCAUUAUAAGCGGUACUCCAGCAUCGUGCAAGGCAAGAAAUCGCUUUGUCUCUAUUAGGGGACCUUGCAUUUUGUAUCCUGCGUUGCAUAACCUUCGCUGGGAGCUCUUCUCUCGCACAGUGCGCACCAGCUUGGGACGCGCGCUCUCAUCCAUUGGAGCCACGCCAACCGUGUUAGCUUCCUGGCUCUUGAGGUGACAGAUACUACCCGUGCGGCGUUCGACGCGAUUCUGUGCAUCCCGCAUCAAACGAACGUCACACCAGCAAACAAGCUGUAAGCUGACACCAAUCAGUGAAGGAGGCGAAAGCAUAGAUUACAGCCUCUCGUGAUAACACCGGGUUUUUUUUUGCGCAUGCCAUGGGAAGCGACCAACAGCGUUUACUGGCAAGGAAUCCAUACUGCUGCUUUUCCCGGUGGACGUCGUUGAAAUAAAACACGGAGACCUCAUGCUCGAGCCGCCAUGACAUUCGUCUGAGUGACACCGCUCCGCUCUGAAAGAGGCAUGGACCUCCACCGUAGCACCGUGAAGUUAACAACCAACGAUGGAACGACAGGCACAGGGGCCGCAAAUGUGUCCUUUGUCUGCAAUCUGGACUGCGCCAACCACGAACCACGUGACACCCCAGCUCCGAUCGAAAUGUCUGUGUGUAGGAAGUGCGUCGGUGAACCCGCCGAGAAGACUGACGACAAGUCAGGCACAGAUUGUGAGGCCCACGCCAACGGUUCUGUUGGCCGUAGGUCUCCACCACCAGACUAUAACCAGGCUACAAGAUCAUCUCGAGUGCUUGUGAGGCGGUCACUAACCACUGUGUCCAGGGAAAUGGGGCCUCGUGGUAGUAGGGAAUUCAGGACGUUUUCUCUGUCGCUCGAUACUUCUGGUCCGCCACAAGCAAGAAUGCUGUCCAGGAGGAUGAGCUUCUGUCCCAGGGGUUCUUUACGCGAAGUGGUGGACCCUGUAGUUCUUCCGCCUUCGUUAUUUGAAGGGAUUGGUGGACUAAAAGACCUGGAAGAAGCGAUUAUCGAAGAAGAAGAAGAGGAAAAGAAGGAGACAAUGCUGUCUAUUGUGACUGAAGUGUUCAUACCGUUCAUUCUAGCUGGUUUGGGAAUGGUUGCGGCUGGUGUGCUACUCAGCAAAGUGCAGUAUUGGGAUGCAUUCGUGGACAUUCCUGAGCUCAUCAUUAUGGUACCGCCACUUCUUGGUCUCAAAGGCAACUUGGAGAUGACUUUAGCUUCUAGGAUAUCAACACAGGCGAACCUGGGCCGCAUGGAAACCAUGGGAGACAGGCUUACAAUAGCCAGAGGAAACUUGGCGCUCAUCCAGUGUCAAGCGACCGUAGCUGGUUUAGUGGCAGCUCUCUUAGCCAUUGCGAAGUCAUGGGCUGAAAACGGUACCGCCAAUACCAGUCACGUGCUGCUGCUUGCCACGGCUGCAGUGCUUACAGCCACGCUGGCUAGUAUUGUUCUGGCUAGUAUCAUGGUCCUGGUUGUGAUCGUGUGCCGAAGAUUCCACUUGAACCCGGAUAACGUGGCAACCCCGGUCGCAGCUUCACUGGGAGACAUCACAACACUUGCACUUCUUGCUGGUCUUUCAACACUAAUGCACGUGAAGCUGGGCAGCUACCCCUGGGCCACUCCUUGUCUCUUGGGUGCAUCGUUUGUGGCGCUCCCAUUGUGGGUGUACAUUUCCUAUAGGAAUCCCUUCACCAAAGAAGUGCUCUUCCACGGAUGGAUUCCCAUUCUGCUGGCUAUCAUUAUCUCGAGCGGCGGUGGCUUCAUACUCGAGUACGCCUCGGCACGAUUUGAGGGUCUUGCGGCUUACCAACCAGUCAUCAAUGGAGUUGCUGGUAAUCUGGUCGCAGUACAAGCCAGUCGGAUCUCAACUUACCUGCACUUAAACACGGACAAAGGUCUGCUUCCUUCCAAGGAGAAGACGUGUGUUAGUCCCGUAGGAGUCUUCUUUGGGCCUUGUGCCCAUGCACGAACAGCAAGGAUCUUGAUGCUGAUCCUCAUCCCAGGCCAAGUCAUCUUUGUAUUUCUUGUGAACAGGGUAGAGAAGCCCGGGGGAACACUCAAUGGUGCUUUCAUCGGUCUUUAUUUAACCGCUGCCGUCCUGCAGGUGUACAUUCUGCUUCACAUGGCACGAGUCUUGGUUUAUUUGCUGUGGACGCACAAAGUGGAUCCGGACAACGCCACAAUUCCAUUCCUAACAGCAAUGGGGGACCUCUUGGGCUCUGGAUUCCUAAUGGCUGUCUACAUUAUUCUGCAAGUCCUGUAGCAGUCAUCGACGCCGACAGUCUUCUCAGACGGUAAACGCGUCAUCAAUGCGAUCUCCGCUCCUGGUACGAAGCGGUUAAUUCCUGGGAAGCUGCAUCUCGAGGACCCUCCAGUAGCUUCGGACGUCUGAAUGGCUCGUUGCCCCGUAGCGUGGGGCCGCAAGACAUUUUUGAACUGGUUUAGUGCCGGUGUCUUGUGUUAUACCGAAGGCGAUGAAAUGGCGAGUAAGUAAUAUGUGGAGGGGCUUUAUUUGUGUUUGGAUGUUUCUGGGAGAUCCUAGUCUUAGAAACUGAAGUGUCAUGCCAUCAUUCCCAAGUUUUAUUUUUUUCACGAUGAUUUAUGACCAUGCCGUGCCUAAGAGUUAUUCUCAACUUGCGUUGUAAACUUUUAAGCAGUAUCUUUUAUGGAGGAUUUUUAUCGUAUUUAUACAGAAGGUUCACAAUAAAACGAUUCAAGAAAACCGAAAGGAAGAA